GAUUGAUCGACGUGCGACUGGGGGAGCGGCGUGAGUGGCAUCGCUUAUGCGCGAACUGGGACAUGGACAAGGUGCAGCAAAUCCAACGGCAGCAGUGCAAGUCGUCCUGCUUUUGGCUCGUCAGGUUGCGCCAGUGGCGCAUUGGUUCCUGGUUGUGCACACAGUUCUUUGCUCUGCUACUCUCUUCCACCGUCCUCCCGACUGCUUGCUUCACCUUCACUUACGUGGGUUAACCUUCACUUACCGUUGCGCGCAAGACAGAGGCGGGCCCGCUUUCAGUUCGCACCUCAACUCGACACCCGUCACAUUCAUGGUCUUGUUUUCAUAGCAAUGGCAGUCACUUUUUACUUGCGCAUCACUGCCGUCGUUCUGGCUGUGCUACAAACUGCCGUUGCGCAGCAAUGCUACUACCCCAAUGGUAGCACGGCACCCGACUCUGAGAAGCCAUGCUCAUCUGCCGACGGCACGGCGUGCUGCCCGGAUACGUGGGAAUGCAUGGAUAACGGUCUCUGCUAUAACCCAAGCGAGAAGAUAUACGGACGAUACAGCUGUACAGACAAGGACUGGAAAUCUUCAGGCUGCCCAUCGAGCCUGUGCACUGAUGUACAGCAAAUUGGGGCUGAGGCUGUAUCGCAGUGCAAGGACCACGACAAUCAGUGGUGUUGCGAUGCUAACAGAGUUGAUGUGAAGUGCUGCCAGGAAAGCCCACAGCCGAGGCCUUUCUUCGCGUUGCAAGACCCGAAGGCAUACGGAACAAUAGGAGGAAGCACUGGAUCAAGCGCACCAAAUCUGGCCACGAUCAUGGGCAAAGCUAGCGGGAGUGGGAGCAGCUCACCAUCCUCAACAGCAGCACCUAAUUCCGCCUCCGCAACCAAGGACUCUCAGUCUAAUAGCGACGCCUCCUCCACAGCCGCAAGUACGCUAACAUCCCUCUCAACCACCGUAUCAACAGGCACCGCCGGGCCUACGACCAUCGUGAAGACCGUCACCCAGCCUGCUUCUUCCACUGCCACUGGCGAUCCCUCGCCCUCCGCAACUCCAGAGAAGAAAAACAACAUCGGCCUCAUAGUCGGAUGCGCUGUCGGUAUCCCGCUCGCCAUCGCCCUUAUAGGCAUCCUGUUCUGGCUCUUCCGCAAACGCGCGCACCAAAAGGCGCAAGCCCAACCCUACAACACCUCCUCAACCGACGCCUUCACGCCCACUCCCGCAACUUCCGAAUUCGCCGGCGGCGCAAAACUACACAAGAACGGCGCUCCGUCCAAGUUCGCGUCAACAGACCCAGGCGUGCCAGAGCUUGCAGGCGGCCAGGGCGUCGGCCCAGAGAGGCCUGUGUCCAUGAUCCCAGGAAAGGCAGAGAUGGAUUCAGGAGGCGGCUUCGCGCCAGGCACGGUACCGCUCGCACCGCAUCUCGUUGGUGUAGGUGGUGGAAAUGGCAACGGAGUGGGACAUUCGCCGCAGGGCAGCUGGGGUAGUGCACCGCCAGGGUACUCGCCCGAGCAGCAGCAGCGCGCAUCGUGGGCACCAAAUUCCGAUCCGAUGGCUGGGCAGUACCAAGCGUACCGGCCAGGCGUAGAUAAUGUAUCUGAGAUGGCGGAGCUGCCCAGCGUGAGGACGCCGCCUGAGGUGGUGGAGCUGGGAAAUCCGAGUCCACCUACGGCCACGGGUGCGAGGGAGUAUCCCGGAAUGGCUGAGGCAGGGGCGGGGGCGCCGAGGAGGUAAAACGUGAGGCUGGUCGUGCGUUUCGGCUCUAAUUCACGACGAUGGGCAUGAGGCGCAUGAGUGGUCGUGGGCACGAUUUGAGGCAGGGAUGAUACCAUUAUGUACCACCAGGCAUGCUACAUCAGCAACACUGUGGCACGUAAAUACUAAUGAA